AUGUCUUUCACGGAGACAGUUCGUCUGAAAUUAUACUGGAAUACUACUUAUACAACUGAACCUGAUGGGACUAUCACGGUACAGCGGGAUGCGCCGGACGGUUAUCUUAUCAUUGAUCGUAUGUUAGAUUUCUCGGAACUUGUUGAUAAGAAUUGUACCCUGAAAAAGUUGAGAGAACAGGCCAUGUUUAUGCAAGUACAUCUGGCCAGGAUAUUGGUGCCAGCACUAGUGGUGGUAGAACAGAUUGAAGACAAUGAAGAUGGAGAUGAAGAUGGAGAUGAAGAUGAAGAUAAAGAUGAAGAUAAAGAUGAAGAUGCAGAUGAAGAUGAAGAUGUCGGGGGUGUCGAAAGCAGUGAUGAUGAGUACGUCCCAUCGGAUGAGGACUCAGAUGACGACACUGAUUUUGAGUCAUCUUCUUCAGUCCCAUAUGUUUUCGACGACAUAAGUGGAUGGGACAAGACUUUAGAGGAAGUAGAAAACGAUGGAAUUAAAAUGUGGGAUGGCAAUCCGUUGACGCUAGGCCUUGAUAUACAUUUCGCCAACAAGCCUGAGGCACAAGCGGCAGUGGGAGAAUGGAACUUGCUCUGGGCCUGGGAGCGGAUUUUGACGGUUCAGCCCAAGAUACUGGGUGGGGAUCUCGAUCUAUCUGAUUGUCCAUUGGGCACGAGGUGGUCCCCCGAGAAAAAAGUUCAAGGUAUCACGCGGUUCAAUUUGGCCGCGUACCGGGAUCAGCUUGCAGUUCUCGCAGAGUCUGAUAUGCCGUACACGACUCUUUUGGGUCGUAUUGCCAGGGUUUGUCUUGUGGGACAGGGCAUAUGGCGAUCUCAGACAUGGCUCAUCUGCGGUGAUGUCGUUGCGCCACACAACCCCAGCAGGGUAUUUCGCCAAUUUGGUUAUCACCAGCGGAUACCCGGCGACGCAUUACUUCUCACUGCGGCGGAAAUUACUAGCCUGCUCAAGAGGAAGCCGUUUGGAGGAUCCGAUAGGAGAUGGUUACAACAACUAGGGAUAUAUCUCCAGGUUUGGAAUGAUCACCACGGCCAAGUUGUGGGGACUGAUGAUCUUUAUGUUGGCGAGCCUUCCGCAGAUCCAGAGUAUCUCUUGUGGCGCCAUCAGGUUACUGUGAAGUAUGUUACGGAUCCGACGGACUCUGAAAAUGCGAGGGGUUUUCACGGUUCUGCAGAGACCUUGCGCCUCAUGGCCACAUUGAUGGAGGAUGUUCGUAGUCUGAGUAUUAUAGGCCAGCGUACUUUCGACGCGGACUCCUUUGGUUAUGAUCGCUUAGGCGAGAUUGCCCAGACCCGACCCAGCAACAUCCACCACCCAGACCUCCGAGGCGUUCGCGCAGGUCUCAGCGUGGGCGUGGGGGGCAAGAGACAAUCACAACAUCUCAGCCACAUCAGUCCUCCCAAAGAUGAGCGGUCUCAUAUUCCCUUCACCGGCGGUUCAUCCCAUCAGUCUCCACAUCAGUCUCCACUCCAUUCUCGACAGCAUUCAGCCCAUCAGUCUCCACAUCAUUCAUCCCAUCAGUCUCUACAUCAUUCUUCGCCGACCCAACAGGCGUUUUACCGUCCGAUUAUGUCUCCCCAGCACCAGCAGUCCAAUUUUUCCUUCACUCAGUUUUCCUCCCCUCAGACUUCUCAGCGUCAGUUUGGAGAUUCUUUUAUUGACUUUUCUGGGUUUCAGCAGAGUUCGCUAGAUGGCCAGUCGAUACAUUACACGAGUAACUUUCUUUCGAGUAUGUUCGAGGGUGUUGCGGGUCAGCAUCAGGCUGAUAACCCAGCUGAGGGUGAGCGUGAGAGUCAGGGUGAGGAUGAGGCUGAGGAUGAGGCUGAGGAUGAGGCUGAGGAUGCAGACCAGGAUGAUCAGUUUGAGGGUCAGGGUUAUCAGCGCCAUGAGGAGCAGGGAUCGAGUCAGACUCUAGGGACUCCACCGUUGGCUGUGAGUAAAGGCCAGAGAGUGACGAAGGAGCCCGAUAGAUUGACUUAUAGCCUUUUUCGGGCUAAAAAGCCCAAGAAGAAGUAG